GUACUCACAGGCAACGCUGAUUUACUGACUGUGGUGGGAUAUCUCGUUGACAAUGUAGUCUUUGUUUCAACUUCUCUGGACAUUCCUUCCGGUGCGUCAAUUCAUCAUGGCGGCGCCAGUUACUCUGGGAGGGAUAGUGGAGCAAAACAUCACUGAAACGGGACAAAUAUUACCAGAAUCCACAUCUGGAGAACUGAAAAGACCUCAGUUUGGAACCCGUUUCCUGACAGACCCACGUCAAGUUUUUCAACAUAACGCAUGGGACAAUGUGGAGUGGACAGAGGAGCAAGAGGCUGCUGCCAAGAAGAAGGUCCAAGAAAACAGUCAGCCCCUCCCUCAAGAGAAGCAAGAGGACUUUGACUGCAGGGCGAACGAGUACUGGAAUGAAUUCUACACCAUCCAUGAGAAUCGCUUCUUCAAAGACCGCCACUGGCUCUUCACAGAGUUCCCUGAGCUGGCCCCACAGUGUCGCCUCAACCAGGACUCCUGUAUUGGGGACCAUAGAGCUGAGGACAGUGAAUCACAUGGUCUCGAACAGAGUCAGGGCCAAAGCAGUGAAGUCACCCCUCUGGCCCCUGUAGAUGGUGACUUCCCUGGAUCCAGUGCCAUGUUUCGCAUACUGGAGGUUGGCUGUGGUGUUGGCAACACCGUCUUUCCCAUUCUGAAGACCAACAAUGACCCUGGGCUCUUUGUCUACUGCUGUGAUUUCUCCAGCACCGCUGUGGAGCUGGUCAAGGCUAAUUCAGAGUAUGACCCCGGGCGCUGCUAUGCCUUUGUUCAUGACCUGGGUGAUGAGGGAGCUAUUUACCCUGUCCCAGACGCCAGCAUGGGUGUUAUAGUGCUCAUCUUCGUGCUCUCAGCCCUGCAUCCUGACAAGAUGCAGGCCUCCAUCAGCAGACUGGCUCGGCUGCUGAAGCCUGGAGGAGUGCUGCUGCUCAGGGACUAUGGGCGCUAUGACAUGGCACAGCUACGCUUCAAGAAAGGAAGGUGUUUGUCAGAUAACUUUUAUGUCCGGGGUGAUGGAACACGAGUCUAUUUCUUCACACAAGAUGAGCUACAUGACUACUUCAGUGAAGCGGGUCUGGAGAAGGUCCAGAACAUGGUGGACCGACGGCUGCAGGUGAACAGAGGCAAGCAGCUGACCAUGUACCGUGUCUGGAUCCAAUGCAAGUACCGCAAGCCUCAUACCCAACCACCAGAGACACAGGAGUGAGCCAGGAACAGCAGAGAGAACACUGUGGCUUAUCAUUGAACUAGUGUCUGAGAUAGAUGUGGGACUGCAACCCCUGGGAGGAUGGAUAGAAUUGGGAUACCUCCAUGAGACCAUUGUGAUGAUGGACACCAUGGAGAUGGAUUGAGGGGUGAUGUGUGUGCAAAGCAUUAGACAUGUUUUUCUAUUGGGUUCCCUCAGCCAUUUGUCUACACAGCUCUGGGUUCCCCCAGGUGCUUUCUCAGUCAGAGAUAAUGAAUCUCUGACUGAGAGGUGGACAUGACUCAGAAACAGAAUAUAGAGAAGGCUGAUGUGCUAAUGAAACCUGAACAAAGGUCUGGAAACCCAAUAUUCUAAUGUUUACAUUCAACAGACUGUUUGCCAUAAUCCAUUAUUUUAGAUCAAUUGCACUGUAUGAGUAAACUUUGUUUUUACAUUCACACCUUCAAAAUGAUUAAAAAACAGUGUGUAAACCCA